AGGUCAGCCCGUUACUAUAACUACAAUUGUGUAUUGACGACCUUUGAAGAAGAAAAAAUUAUGAUCGAUAAUGAGUCAUGUAUGUUAGUGAAUAAAGGUCAAUUAUCGAUUAAUGUCUUCAAUAAAUGUGGCAUAAAUUAAAAUGGUAUCAUUAUAUAUAUAUGGAAGAAUAGAAGGAAACCUUUGAAACAAAAAAUGUGAUUUUAUAACAAAGAUAAGAUAUACUACUUAUUUCUUGUUAGUUAUGUUCUCAUACAGAAUCACUUGGAAAUCUUUCAUUUGGAAAAUGUCAAUCAACGACCGCACAAUUCAUUGUUCCUUCUAAUCGUUCUGUGUUCUCACUCACCUCUCUUCGAUUUGCUCAACUGUCUGCUGUCAGUUUUGAACAUAAUUGUAUUUGUAUCAGAAGGGGUUUUGUGGAGAUUGUAGUGUUGGGUCGGCUUCCGGAGAACUUCAACGGAGCCUCCAGAGGCCCACAAGGAGCCGAAGAGUCCUGGCCAAUCAGAGUGUGAUGGAACGUUCUAGAAUUCCAACGUGGCGUGCUACUGUUGGUCGGUAGCAUAAUGUGUUGUUAUCGGAUUGGCUGUAAAAUGAUGUUGAUUUAACAGACGCCAAAAUCUAUAAAUACCCAUGAUUUUCUGUACAAAAAUGAACCUUGGAAUAAAGUGCUUUCUCUCAUUCUUGUGUCUUCUCUCUGGAGUUCAAGUCGCUGUGUAGUUCUAGACUGCGGGUUAUCGGAAUAGCUUAGGAAUCGUAUAUAGCGUUCGACUUACACGACUUAUCAGUGGCGACGGGGAUGAAAACUUCAAUGAAUAUUUCCUUGGAGCAAUUAGAAGCUUAUAUGGUGCGUCAAGAAAAAAGGUUUGAAGAGUUCCAUAUUAGAAUCAUGGAAACCCUGAUGCAGAAAUUCUGCCUGUCCGAGAAAAACCCUGCUUCUAGUGAAUCUCAAGUAUCACAUACUGAUUCAGUCAUUAACGCCAUCCAUGAAUUUAAUUUUGAUGGUGUAGCAGGUGUAACUUUCGAGUCGUGGUUUAAGAAGUAUGAAGAUUUGUUUUAUAUUGAUCUUUGCAAACUGGAUGAUGCUUCAAAAGUCAGAAUACUUCUUAGAAAACUUGGGACUAUGGAACAUGAACGCUAUAGCAACUUCAUUCUUCCGAAGAACCCACGAGAUCUCAAAUCUUCGGAGAACAAUCAUCUCUAUUUAAUAUCCGUUACCAGUGCUUAAAGUUAACGAAAGAACCAGGAGAUGACUGGGUGAAGCAUGCAGGGACUGUGAACCGAGAAUGUGAGAGAUUUAGAUUGUCGUCCACGUCUGAAGAUCAUUUUAAAUGCUUAGUAUUUAUCUGCAGCCUGCGUUCACCCGAAGAUGCCGAUAUCCGAACCAGAAUCCUAAGCAAACUCGAACACUGCCCUAACAUGACCCUGCAAGAAGUGACUACUGAGUGCCAAAAGAAAACGGUAACUGUUUCCAUAACGUCAAUGCAGUCAAGAGAAAAGUCUUUCAAGGUCCCAGUACCCAUAAUUUUCAAAAUAACAGCGACAAACCAUCAUCUCCAUGCUGGGCAUGUGGAGGUUGGCACUAUAAGAGGUUUUGCCCAUAUAAAGAACAUCGUUGCAGCAAAUGUCAUCGGAAGGGGCAUAAAGAAAACCUCUACAGGAGAAGAAACUAUAGACAACAUUCCUUGAAAUCUUACUCAAAGAAAUAUAGAUAUAGUGCUCCAACAAAUAAGAUAUUGGUAUCACAUAUCACGGCACGAAGUUGCCGCCGAAGAAAGUACGUAACCUUGGAUAUUAAUAAACACCGUACCCGCCUUCAGCUGGACACAGCUUCUGAUAUUACAUUAAUGAGCCCAGAAACGUGGAAGAACAUUGGGAGACCCGCAGUUUUCCCAACAACACAGUUGGCACACAGUGCAUCUGGGGGGAAGUUGAAUAUUGUUGGAGAAGUGCCAUGCACUGUUUCUAAAGGUACGGUAACAAAAAAUGCAACAUUGUAUCUUACUAAGAAGCCAUCACUAGACUUAAUGGGGUUGGACCUUAUAGAAACACUUAAACUAGCAGAUCAUUCUAUCAACAGUAUCUGCAGACGAGUAAGUACAGACAACACCCCAGAAUGGAAUCAGAAAAACGCCAUGCUACAAAGACAUCAAAACGUGUUUAGAGAAGGAUUGGGAGAAUGUACGAAAGCCAAAGCACUGUUAACUCUAAAGCCUGCAGCUACUCCCGUUUUUCGACCAAGGAGACCCGUACCAUAUGCUGAUCUACCAGUGGUUGAACAAGAACUAGAACGACUUCAGAAAUUAGGUGUCAUUGAACCAGUGAAUUUCUCAGAAUGGGCCGCACCGAUAGUAGUAGUAAAGAAGACUAAUGGUAGCGUUCGUUUAUGUGCCGAUUACUCAACCGGGUUGAAUGAAGCCUUAGAAACUCAUCAGUAUCCAUUACCCCUACCUGAAGAUCUUUUUGCUAAACUGAACGGAGGUAAGCUUUUUGCAAAGUUGGACUUAUCAGAAGCUUAUUUACAAAUCCCUGUUGCUGACGAGUCUAAAAACCUGCUUACCAUAAACACACACAAGGGUCUAUUCCGGUAUAAUCGAUUACCCUUCGGAGUCAAGACGGCCCCAUCCAUAUUUCAGCAAAUAAUGGAUACUAUGCUACAAGAUGUUUCAGGUGCUGCAGCUUACUUAGAUGAUAUAAUAAUUAUGGGAGUAGAUAGAGUAGACUUAGAAAAGAAGCUUGACCAGGUGCUGACACGAAUAGCCGAAUAUGGACUUCGACUUCGUCCAGAGAAAUGUGACUUCUGUAUGCAAAAAGUACGUUACCUUGGGUUUAUAAUCGACAAAGAUGGAAGAAGACCAGAUCCGGAGAAUACACUGGCAGUGAAAACUAUGCCCAGACCGACGGAUGUCACCACACUACGAUCCUUCUUGGGACUAGUUAGCCAUUAUGGAGCUUUUAUCCCAAACCUUCAUCAAUUACGUGCCCCCCUGAAUAACCUGGUGAAGAAUGUAAAAUGGAGUUGGUCUGCAACUUGCCAAACCUUUUUCGAUGAAAUCAAGAAAGUACUAGUCUCGGAUCUGCUGCUCACCCAUUACGAUCCAUCCCUACCCAUUGUAGUGGCAUCAGACGCAUCACACUACGGCAUUGGAGCAGUUAUUUCUCACAUCAUGCCAGAUGGAUCCGAGAAAGCGAUAUCACAUGCGGCUAGAUCGUUAACAUCAGCAGAACGUAACUAUAGUCAGAUCGAGAAGGAAGCGUUGUCGAUUAUCUUCGCUGUCAAGAAAUUUCACAAGAUGAUAUUUGGACGUCAGUUCACCCUAUUAACUGACCAUAAACCGUUACUAGCCAUCUUUGAGUCGAAGAAAGGUAUACCUGUUUACACCGCAAACAGAUUGCAACGUUGGGGGACUACACUCUUGGGUUAUGACUUCAAGAUCAAGUAUCAGCCCACUACUGAUUUUGGACAAGCUGACGCUUUAUCCAGACUGAUUGGUUCACAAGUAAAGCAGAAAGAAGACACUUUGGUGGCAGCAAUCGAGACGGAAACAGAAGUACAUCGAGUUUUGGAAGACGCAGUUGAUGGUUUACCGGUUACUUUCAAGGCCAUCAAAGAUGCCACCGAAAAUGACAAGACUUUAAGAGAGGUUAGUGGUUAUCUUCUCACCAAGUGGCCGAACCGUCGUUUUCAAGGAGAAAUGCUACAAUAUUUUCGCCGACGGGACUCACUUAUGAUGGUCGACUCAUGUAUUAUGUUUGGCGACAGAAUUAUUGUUCCAAAAGUACUACGCUACAAGGUUCUGAAACAAUUCCAUAGCGGUCAUCCUGGUAUCAAUAAGAUGAAAGCAUUGGCUGGAAGCUACGCAUACUGGCCUACAAUGGACCAAGAUAUCGAAAACAGAUGCCGCAAUUGUUCAUCAUGCCUACAAGCAGCCAAAAGUCCAAGCAAGUGUGAACCGCAACAAUGGGAAAAGCCGAAUAGUCCCUGGGAGAGGUUACAUGCAGACUUUGCCGGUCCAAUCCAGGGGAAAAUGUUUCUAAUUAUCGUAGAUGCAUUCACUAAAUGGCCGGAAGUAUACAUCAUGCCAAAUUGUACAACGUCAGAAACGAUCCGCAAGUUGUCUACCUUAUUUAGCAGUUUCGGAGUACCAGAGACCUUAGUGACGGAUAACGGCUCUCAGUUUGCCGCAGAAUCGUUUAAACAUUUCUGUAGAACAAACGGAAUAAAUCAUCUUCGUUCUCCACCCUAUCAUCCACAAUCAAACGGACAAGCAGAGCGCUUUGUGGACACUUUUAAACGAGCAUUACUGAAAGGGGGAGGAGAAGGGACGACUGAGCAGGUGAUCACAAAAUUUUUAACAUCAUACAGAUCCACCCCAAACCCAAAUGUUCAAGACGGCAAAUCUCCCGCGGAAGCCAUGUUUGGAAGGCGUAUUCGAGCAGUCUUCGAUGCCAUGUUGCCAUCCAAACUAGUGGAUGAGCGUAGUCGCGAUCCAAGUAUCCGGAACUUCAGUAUUGGCGACAAAGUCUACAUCAAAUCCUACAUGGGGAAGAACCGAUGGGAGCCGGGCGAAGUGGUGCAAAAACUGGGAAGAGUACUGUACAAAGUUCGAGGAGCUUUUGGGACAUGUAUACGUCAUACAAAUCAAAUCCUUAAGGACAAAAGGACAGUGCAGACUCGAAGUAACCGGCCGACUUUCCCGUUAGAUUUAAUCUUAGACGCACCAAUGCCACAAACGCCCAGGAACACUGAAAAGAAGUCUUGGACAAGAAAGACGACAAGAACAAUGGGACGCCGUCGCAAUCCAGUUAUCAAACUACAAGUGGACCCCAGAAAGAAACCUUAUUCGGGGUAGGUGUUGGGUCGGCUUCCGGAGAACUUCAACGGAGCCUCCAGAGGCCCACAAGGAGCCGAAGAGUCCUGGCCAAUCAGAGUGUGAUGGAACGUUCUAGAAUUCCAACGUGGCGUGCUACUGUUGGUCGGUAGCAUAAUGUGUUGUUAUCGGAUUGGCUGUAAAAUGAUGUUGAUUUAACAGACGCCAAAAUCUAUAAAUACCCAUGAUUUUCUGUACAAAAAUGAACCUUGGAAUAAAGUGCUUUCUCUCAUUCUUGUGUCUUCUCUCUGGAGUUCAAGUCGCUGUGUAGUUCUAGACUGCGGGUUAUCGGAAUAGCUUAGGAAUCGUAUAUAGCGUUCGACUUACACGACUUAUCAUGUAGUAAUUCUGGUCUAGUGGUUAAAGGCUCGCGCGCGAAUCUGAUAGGUCUUGGGUUUGAAUCUCAUGAGGCGAGGUCGUGAAUGUACUCUGCUGAGGAGUUCCACAAUUGGAUGAAACGGUCGUCCAGUGCUCCCAGGUUUUCCAUAGUUGUCUAGCUUUAAUUGACUCAUGAUCUCAACUAUUGAAAUAAUUGUAUUUUUUAAAUUGUUUAUGCAUUAUGGUCAUGUUAGUUAUCUAUUUAGUGCAACAUAUAUGUAUGAGAACAAUAUUGUUUUCCAUUAGAUUCUUCUCAGUUCAAUAAAGGCAGUUUAUGAGAUGGAUUAUCCACAAGGUUUCCUGAAGAAACACUUGCCGUGUAACAAACAAGAAAAUAGCGAUAUCAACGGUUAGCAGGAAACCUCUCUUCCUGAAGUUGCAAUUGAAUGGAGAUGUAACUUGUGAUGUACUACGUGAUAGACUGACUAGAGCAGUGAAGAGAACGUUUAAUACAGCCAACUUCUGUCUAUCUUAUUCGACCCAAUUUAUGGUGAUUCCUUAACUAAAGGAUAAGUUACCUGGUUAUGCCGAUUCUAUGUGUAUCUACGAAUUCAAUUGCUCCAAUGGAGAAAACUAUAUUGGGCGCACUACCAAACAACUGAACCAAAGAAUUAGUGAACACCCCCCCCAGUUUUGUGGUUAGGAAAAGGACUGUUAAAACAAUACGCACACUUGAUUGAUAGCGGUCAUGUAAUAGACAGAAAUAAGUCAUUUAAAGUGAUUGAUUGA